GGGAGAAACCGUAGCGCGUCCAAGGGAAAGUGCGAAAGCGUUGUUUAUGUGAGGUGAAGACAGCUGGCUCACAAUGUCCGGAAUUGUCAAUAACCCCUUUGCGGACCCAGAGACUGCCAACCCUUUCCAGGAUCCGUCAGUUACCCAGGUGACGGGCACUGGCAUAGACCGCAUCGAGGAGUUCAAUCCAUUCUCCGAGAGCGACAUGCUGGGAAACCAAGAUGGAACAACCAUUCCUGCAACCGCGGUCCACUCCCAGCCUGCCGUCCUGCAGCCGUCUGUGGACCCCAGUCCACAGGCCACGGCGGCUGCGGCUCAGGCCAACCUGCUGAGGCAGCAGGAGGAGCUGGAGAGGAAGGCAGCCGAGCUGGAGCGCAAGGAGCAGGAGCUGCAGAGCAGGAGUGUCUCCACAGGUAAAGAAAACAACUGGCCAUCACUUCCGAAGAGCUUUCCUAUAAAGCCUUGCUUCUACCAGGACUUUUCUGAAGAAAUUCCCUUGGAGUACCAAAGAGUUUGCAAGAUGAUGUACUACCUGUGGAUGUUUCACUGUGUGACUCUGUUCCUGAACCUGCUGGCCUGUCUGGCCUACUUCACAACGCACACCCCCGCGGGGGUGGACUUUGGCCUGGCCAUUCUGUGGUUCAUCAUGUUCACCCCCUGCUCUUUCCUGUGUUGGUACAGGCCCGUCUACAAAGCCUUCAAGUCCGACAGCUCCUUCAGUUUCUUCUUUUUCUUCUUCGUCUUUUUCUUCCAAGUGGUGGUGUACAUCAUCCAGUGUGUGGGCAUCCCAAGGUGGGGAAACAGUGGCUGGAUUGCCGCCAUUUCAAUGAUCGGCAGCCAUCUGGGUGUUGCUGUCGUCAUGAUGGUGGUGGCAGGCUUUUUCACAGUCUGCGCUGUCCUUUCAGUCAUUUUGCUGAAAAUGGUCCACUCCAUGUACCGGAGAACAGGCGCCAGCUUCCAGAAGGCGCAGCAGGAGUUCUCCCAGGGCGUCUUCACCAGCCGCACCUUCCAGAACGCUGCGGCCACCGCUGCCUCUUCUGCCACCCAGGGAGCCUUCCGGAGGAACUAGAGCCGGGUUGGGG